AUGGCAGACCCAUCGCAGGAUACUGUUCGUGCCCACUGGCGGUGUUUCUUAGCAUGCGGAAUCAUCGUAUUGUCUCCUUUCCAGUAUGGCCUUGACUUUGGAUUGAUCGGUGGACUACAAGCCAUGCCUGGCUUUCUCAAGAUCUAUGGCUACCGAGACCCCGAAGUCGCAAUCGGGUGGAACAUCGACACCACUCGACAGCAGCUUAUUUCGUCCCUGAUGACUAUGGGCGCCUUCAUAAGCUCCAGUCUCGCAGGGUUCGUUGCGGCAAAACUUGGAAGGAAAAUGUGUCUUCGGAUGGCUUGCGUUCUCUGCGCAGUAUCGAACAUCAUCAUGAUGACCACGACACAUAUUGGGCCGCUGUAUGUUGGUCGGCUUCUUAUCGGGUUGGCCAACGGCUACUUCAUGACCUUCUCCCAACUAUACAUCCAAGAGAGUAGUCCGGCAAAGUAUCGUGGUUUGUUCUUGACCGUGUUUCAUCUGUGCACAACCUUUGGCACACUCAUCGGUACCAUAAUCGACUGGGCAACAGCGAAACGCCCUGAUCGCUCUGCAUAUCUUAUCCCUCUCGGAAUGAUAUACGUAGUUCCAGCUAUCAUAUUCGCUGGUUUGCCUUUCAUUCCAGAGUCACCAAGAUGGCUUGUUCUUCAAGGACGCUACGAAGAUGGUCUCAAGUCGCUCAAGUGGCUCAGGCCAGAGGGCGCAGAUACCGAGGCGGAGAUAGCAGAUAUCCGCCAAGCUAUUGAUAACGAGCGUGCAUUGUCCAAGGGUGUCGGUAUCCUGGAUAUGUUCAAUAACCCAAUCGACAGAAGGCGAACCAUGAUCUCCAUAUGUGCUGUUUGCCUCCAAGCUGCCACUGGGUCAAUGUUCAUCAUUGCUUACAAGGCCUACUUCUUCGCCAUGGCUAAAGUUCAAGACCCGUUUGCAAUGAGCAACGUUCUCAGCAUGGCAGGUAUGCUUGCUAUCAUCGCCAAUGUUUGUAUCGUUGUACGAUAUGGAAGACGACGAGUACUCCUCCUUUGUGGCCUCAUAACCGCUGGAUUCUUCCAGUUGAUCAUCGCAACCGUUUAUGAUCACAACCCGGGUGCAAUCGUUACCGGCAAGGUACUGGUCGCGCUUUCAUGCUUCUACAUGAUGGCUUUCAAUGGCAUGAUUGCUCCAUAUUCAUGGCUCGUUGCUGGCGAAAUCCCAUCACAACGCCUUCGAAGCUACACCUUCGGCCUUGCUGCAGCAGCAGGAUUCCUUGGCGCUUGGCUGAUCACGUUCACCGCUCCGUACUUCAUUAAUCCCGUUGCGUUGAACUGGGGACCAAGAUAUGGCUACAUCUGGUUCCCUUCGUGCAUCAUUAGCGCUGUUUGGGUGUACUUCUACCUGCCUGAAGUUAAGGGACGAACCUUGGAAGAAAUCGACGCUAUGUUCAACGAGAAGCUGCCAGCCAGGAAGUUCCGAGGUUACAAAGUGCAGGAACCAGGUGUCGGAGAGACUGUUGGAAAGUUAAGCGUUGAGCUCAACGUCGUUGAAACUGAGAGAGUCUAGUAACAACCAUGUGGUGGGCUAGUCUGUAUUCGUCACAGUAGGUGGUAUGCCUCUAUUAUCUCCUUAACGGGCGAAGAAGCUUUAAGGCUUUCCUCAAGCAGUUUCGAGCUAGUAAGGAAGAAAGUCGACCCUCAUAUCUUCAAUCGUCUCCCAAGUGCGCGUCGAGUCAUCG